AUGGAUAUAGACGAAUUCAACGACCGGAUCCUGAAUCAAAUUUCAGAAAAGGCAUGGAAAACCAGACUCACAGCGUAUGAAGAACUAUUUACGGUAUUUACAAGGGCAUCUGAUGAGAAUGACUCGUCCUUUCAGCCUUGGAUCCAAGACCCCGGUUUAUGGAAGCGCGGACUCUGCGAUAGUAAUGUUUCAACUCAGGAAUGCGCACUAAAAGUUCUUUGUGUAUUUUUAGAUAAAUCCCAAAGAAAGGGUAUCUCCAGUUCAAAGCUGAUUGUUAUCCCUUCAUUACUUGAAAAAUGUCUUCCUUCAACAAGACCGUCCAUCAGAGACUUUACUCAUCAGGCACUUUUACUUUUGGCCGGCGCUGGCGCUAUGGAUGCAGUUAUAGAUGGCCUUUUGAGUAGUUGUAAAGUGAAACACCCAAAACAAGCUAUGGCUUCCAUUAAAGAACUCUGUCUAUUUAUUGAAAAAUACGGUAUACCUACCAUUCCUCCUUCUCAUUUAUAUAAGCUUCUUCCUGGUUUGUUUGCUCAGUCAGAUAAAAACGUACGUCAGGAAGCGUCGAAGCUUGCCGUUCAGGUUUACCGCUGGGUGGGUGAUUCCCUUAAAGUAAACUUGUUUCCUCAAUUAAAACCCAUACAAAUAUCCGAUCUUGAGUCGCUCUUUCAAUCAGCUCCUCCUUUAAUUAUAAAGCCGCCUGCAUCGGCUAGCAAUCGUUCAUCUAUUUCCGCUGCUGCAAAAUCUCCUGUUUUAAACGAGAAUGGUUCCUUGGAUCAAAAAGCAUCUGCACACCUUCCUAUCCCAAACCCAAAGCUGGGCAGCGCUUCUGGGAAUUCCCGUGCGAUGAAACCGUCUUUAGCCAUUCCUCAUCCGUCUCGCUCUUCUGUUUCUCCCAUAAAGCCAUCAUCUUUUGAUGCCCCAAUUGACAUUCUUUCUAAAUUAACUCCAGAAUUUUAUAGUGCCUUGUCUUCGCCCAAGUGGAAGGACCGCAAAGAAGCUCUAGAUAACCUUCACGAAGUAUGUAAAUAUCCAUGCUACCAAGAAGGGGAUUACGAUGAAUUAUUUCGAGUCAUUGCUAAAUCAUUAAGAGACGCUAAUGUCGUUGUGGUUGGAACCGCCGGACAAUUAUUGAUAGCUGUCUCAAAUGCGCUGAAGAAAAAAGAAGUGCCUUACGUACCUGUCGUAUUUCUUCCAUUAUUUGAAAGGUUUAAAGAGAGAAAGCCUUCAUUAGUAAACGUUCUCUUUGGCGCGGCAAAUGCAAUGUUCGAAGCUUGUGGUUUUAAUGAGCUCGCUGAUCAAGCCUUGGAAUUUUUGGGGCAUAAAAAUCCUCAAGUAAAGACAGAAACCUUGCAUUGGUUUACUCACUGUCUUCAACGUAUGGACUCAUGUCCUCCAAAAGUUUCUCUGGAAAUGUUGUGCAAUCGGUGUUUGAUUCUAGUUAAUGAUACAUUUGAACCCGUUCGAACAGCAACAACGGAGGUACUCGCUACUCUUAUGCAAAUGUUUGGACAAGCAAUCCUAUCCAAGUAUAUUGUCGGACUUGAUCCGAAAAGGUUGCAAAAGGUGAUUGAGCUUUCAGAAAAUAUUCAGGUACAAGCACAUCCCAAUCAACCUCCGAGACCGAAACUUCCUCGGGUAGCCUCUCCUUUAAAGCCAUCUCCUGUGAAGCCAAUUUUAUCUCCCAACUUUACGUCUUCGCCUUUGGCUCCCGUGCAGGCAAAUGUACCUGAAGAAUCUCCGUCUCGCAGGUCUUCCCCUGUUAAGUCAUUGUCUUCUAGUCUUCGUUCGCAAGCCAUGAACCAUAGAAUAAGCAACUCUGCUCUAAAACCGGUUCCCAAUCCAGCGUUGAUUGGCGCGAUGAAGCAGACAAACGAAGUUUUGACGCCGACAGUGACGAAAAAGGUAGAAUCGAAUCGCUUGUCGACAAAGACCCAGCCAAGCCUGUUGAUGAAAUCCACAAUAAAAGAGCACGUUUCUCCAACAAGCAAGCAAGCUAGUGUAAGUACGUCGAAUCUAGUGACUAUUACGUUGUCUGAAAAAAUUGAGUUGGAUCUUUUGAGGGAAGAGAAAGCCAUCCGGCAAGUCCAGCAAACAGAGGAUGCUCUGGAAAGAGAACGAUUAUUCCGGGAAAUUAAUGAUCUUCAAAUUGCAAAUGCUGAAUUACGUGAACAGCUUGAUAACUACCAAGGGAUUAUUAGUCAAAAAGAUUCGAAGCUUGUAUCCUUGCAAGAAGAAGUGAAUCGGCUGAGCAAUCGAUUGCAGGAGGUCUUGUUGGAAUUAGAGCACCGGCAAGAAACUGUGGAUGAGAAUUCCAUGGACAUUGAUUCCAAGGAAGUGGAAAAUGCAAUUAAAAGAGAAGACGAGCCAAGUUAUCCCUAUACUAGAAAAAGUCAUUUUGGAAAUUCAGAAGAACCUUCAAGAAGUAUUCGGCGAUCAACACUACUUCCGGUACGACAGUCGCUUGCAGGAUCAAUGUUACAAAAGCCCACGGCUUAUUCGCGACCAUCGCUUUUUUCUACUAGCAAUGAUCAUUCUAAUAGUUUUUCUUCACAUUCCCCUUCAAAAAGUAUGUCAUCGUGGUCCGAGGGGACAGAUAUCUCUACGCAUUUGUUGGAACAAAUUCAAAGGAUGAAGCGAAGCUAA